AUGGAGCCGCGGCGGAAGUUAUCACCCUCCCUUUCUCCUCUGUUUCUUCUCCUCCCCUUCCAGAUCACGAGAGGAGGAGCACGGUUUAGCGAGGAGCGUGGCGUCUACUAUCACCCCUUCUCCUCUUUUUCUUCUCCUCCCCCCGCAGAUUGCGGGAGGAGGAACGCGGCAGCGGACAAGGAGUCUUCUUUGACAAAGAUGUGUCACGCCGAAGAACAGCAGCUGCAGAUUUACUGUGACGGGCGAACCGACAGACGGAACGACUGGCCACCAGCAGCACCCUCGCUGCUCUUCCUCUUCCGUUCGAUAGUGCUCAAGGCUUGUCUGGGCCUGGUGAAGGUGCUAUCUGUGCGCCUGGAAGCUGCUGACCUGGAGGCUCAUCUGCCGGUCAUCAUGACUGCUUUGCUCUCCACCAAUGAGAUCGUCGCAACCCAGUUCAAGGCCAAGGAGGUGGCUCGAGCAGCCAAGGCCAAGGAGAAGAAGCGGGAGGUGGCUCGAGCAGCCAAGGCCAAGGAGAAGAAGCGGGUAGGAGCAGGAGCGAGGGGGGGUUCCCAAGCAGGCAACGGGGAGGAGGGUGGUGACGAGCGGUUGGGGGGCGUAGAGGGGGGUCGCAGGGGCGGUUCGUUGGCAGGGGAUGUGAAGGAGGGUGGUGACGGCCGGUCGACCAUGUCUGGCGAGGUGAGUGAACGAGUGAAGCCACUCGAACCUGUCAGCGACACGUCAGCGGACGGCGAUUCCAGCGAUGACGAGGAUUACAGCGAUGCUGACGAGGACAAGCGCAGCAUGUUCGACGGCAACGCGCCGCCAAGUCAGCGUCUCGCCAUGACAGUGGCAUGGGGUGUGGGAUAUGGUGUUAUGGGUGUGGGUUCUUCACUUACUGAGCAAUUGCAUCUGAUGGCAUGUGCAAGCAAGAAGGCGCAGCACGGCAGGCCGCAGCUGCACGAGCGUAUCACGGAGACAGGUGGCGACACGCCAUUGGACCUGCUCGAUCUCGCAGGCACGCGCCGGGCCCUCUCUGCCCCCCUGCUCAAGCCCACUCACGGAACCCUUUCCUCUGGUGCUACUGGUGGUGGUGCUGGUGGUGGUGGUUCGAAGCGGCAUCGGGAUGGGGGUGGGGAGAGGGAAGGGGAGAGGAAGGAUGCGGGAUUCGAGUAUACAGAGGAUGGCAAGAUGGAUGUUCUGAAUGAGACCGAGGGGGGAGAGGGUGGUACGGGUGGGGGCAGUGGGAGGAAAGGAGGAGCCAAGAAGGGUGUGGGCGCUGGGGAGGAUGACGGGGAGGGGAAUUUGGACUAUGGGGUAAUGGAGGAUGAUGACGUGGCGAUGGGUGAUGCCAGCCUGGCAUCUGCGAGGGCUGCUGAGCUGGCGUUUGGCCGGCGUGUCCACGGGGCGCGAGGUGCAAAAGGAGGAGGAGAAGGGGGAGAAGGGAGAGGGGGUGCUGGUGCUGGUGGUGGUGGUGGGAGGAAAAAGGCCAAGGCCAAUUCAGGCCAGGCCAGGCCAUUCCUUCUGGUAAGGACCGGCGCGGUGGGAAGAAGCAGAUUGGUAGCGGUAGCGGGUGGUCAUAUACAGGGGAUGAAUAUGCCACAGGCAGCGGGCGGCGUGCGGGCGGCGAUGUGA